AUGACCAUCCUCGUGCUUGGUGGGCGAGGUAAAACAUCCAUCCGUCUUGCCCACCUCCUCGACAGCUCACGUAUCCCAUUUAUCAUUGCUUCUCGGACCUUUUCACUUGCAUGUCCCUACAAGCAGGCACACUUUGACUGGGAAGAUGAGAAUACAUAUGGAAAUCCCUUUAACCAGGCACUAGCAAGUCAAUUAGACCCGGUCUCGGCUGUCUACAUAGUUCCAAGUUACAAUAUCGACAACAUGUCGCUGAUUAUCAAUUUCAUCGAUCUCGCUCGUACAAAGGGUGUGAAACGUAUGGUUCUCAUGAGCGCUAGCGUCCUUGAAAAUGGUGGGCAGUACAUGGGCCAGGUUCAUGCGUAUCUCGAGUCUUUGCAAGGAUAUUUAGACUGGACGGUAUUGAGGCCCACCUGGUUUAUGGGUACGUUCAAAUACUAUUCGAGCUUAAGUCUUUCCAGUGUCUCACCUCUCUUCUCUUGA